AUGGUUUUAGCAGAUCUUGGUCGUCGCAUUAAUGCGGCGUUAGCCCAAAUUAACAAAGAACCAGUCAUCGACGCUAAAGUUCUCGAUGCAUUGUUAAAAGAAAUCUGCCAUGCACUUUUGGAGGCCGAUGUAAAUGUUCGCUUAGUAGGGAGUUUAAGAAAUAACGUAAAAACUGCCGUGAACAUCCAAGAUCUAGCUGCAGGGAUAAAUAAACGGAAAGUCAUACAAAAGGCGGUUCUUGAUGAACUUUGUCGGCUUGUCGAACCAGGUGUCGAGCCAUUCAAGCCAAAAAAGGGUGCAUGCAACAUCAUCAUGUUCGUCGGUUUGCAAGGUAGCGGUAAAACGACGACUUGUACAAAACUGGCGUACCAUUAUCAACGUAAAGGAUGGAAAGUAUGCCUCGUGUGCGCUGAUACAUUUCGUGCUGGCGCAUUUGAUCAACUGAAACAGAAUGCAACCAAAGCUAAGAUACCAUAUUAUGGAAGUUACACGGAAACGGACCCUGUUCAAAUAGCUCAUGAAGGUGUAGAAAAAUUUAAAAAGGAACAUUUCGAAAUAAUAAUUGUUGAUACAUCUGGUAGGCAUAAGCAAGAGUUCGAAUUAUUUGAGGAAAUGAAACAGAUUUCUUCUGUGGUGAGUCCAGAUAAUACCAUUUUUGUAAUGGACGCAACAAUCGGACAAGCUGCCGAAGCUCAAGCUAGAGCUUUCCAUGAGGCAGCAGAUAUUGGUUCUAUUAUUAUAACUAAGAUGGACGGUCACGCGAAAGGUGGUGGGGCUAUAUCAGCUGUGGCAGCGACGCAUAGUCCUAUUAUUUUUAUCGGUACUGGUGAACACAUUCACGACUUAGAAAGGUUUGAACCUAGACGAUUUGUUCAAAAAAUGCUAGGGAUGGGAGACAUUUCUGGUCUGAUGGAAACAGUGCAAGAUUUAAAAUUAGAUCAGAAUAAGAAUUUAAUGAAAAACUUAGAACAAGGAAUCUUUACCAUAAGAGAUAUGUACGAGCAGUUUCAAAACAUAUCUAAAAUGGGACCACUUUCAAAAAUGAUGCAAAUGAUGCCCGGCAUGUCAGAAAUGAAUUUUGAAGGGUUAAUGACAAUUAUGGAUAGUAUGAGUGAAUCUGAACUUGAUUCAGAAGGUAAAAUUUUUUAUCAAAAACCCAUCCGUAUACAGCGUGUUGCUAGAGGUUCUGGCACUUCCGUAAGAGAAGUGGAAGAGCUUUUGGAUCAACACAAGGUAUUUCAAGGAAUGGUCAAGAAAUUUGGUAAAGGAUUUCUUAAAGGUGGUGCAGGUCCAGGGAUGGAUACUUCGAAAAUGUCUCCUCAGCAAAUGCAACAGAAAAUGGCACAGAUGCAAAGGAUGCUUCCUCGUGGUAUGGCCGGUAUGAACAUGAACAAUAUGAUGCGUCAAAUGAUGAAUGGGUUGGGCGGAGGUGGAUUAGGCGGUAUGCCAGAUCUAAGUCAGAUGCAGAAUAUGAUGAAGCAAAUGGGAAAUCGACGAUGA